AUGCUGCGAUCAAUCACGUUUGGUCCCAAUUCCGACUGUUUUUGUUGCUGUACCACUCAAGGCUUGGUCAUAUUCAACUCGAACCCACUAAAAGUGGUUUGUAAUAUUGAUCUUGGGGGUGGACUGAUAGCGGCCGAACCCGCGUUUCGAUGCAGUUUGGUGGCAUUGGUGGCUGGAGGUGAUAAGCCGGCUUUUGAGGAGAAUAAAGGUAGGUUUUCUUGUGUCUAAGGGCAGUGUUUGCCGGACCAGUCCGGUCCAACCCGAAAAAAACGUCAUCCUGACUGGUCCGGCAAAACACUGUCUAAAGUGAUUCAUUUCCGUUACGGUCAAACUCAGCAGUUCAGCAUGAGGGCGCAGACAUGUGUGUGAUAGGGGAGGGAGUGGAAAGGAAGUUUUUGACAAUUUAGGGCUUGGAAAGAAAGUUCUUGCUAUUUUUUGUUUUGUAAAGAAAGAUUUUGACAAUUUAAGUUUUGUAACGAAAUUUUUUGCAUUUUUUUGAUUUGGAAAGAAAGUUUUUGCAUUUUUUUGAUUUGGAAAGAAAGUUUUUGCAUUUCAUACAUUUAAAAAAAAGUGUUUGCCACAUAUUUUAAAAACCAAAUCUUUUUAAUUUAAUUUUUUAAAAAUUUCAAAAAUUUUUGUAAAUUUUUUAAAUUCAUACCUAAAAACUGAAAAAAAUGUCUCAAAAAAUGUAUUUUAGGUAACAAAAAUAGCGUAAAAAAUCAUUUUUAAGCCCAAAGUUAGAUUUUUUGCUUUUUUUUGCAAGGUCAAAAGAUGGAAGUUGAGUGGAAGAUUUUCAGUGCAAAAUGCAUUACAAAUUUUCCACCUAACUUUCAUUUUUUGAACAGCGUCUUUUUUGUUUUGUAAAGAAAGUUCUCGCUAUUUUAUGCUUUGUUGAAAAAGUUCUUGCCGUUUCUUGUUUUGUAAAGAAAGUUCUUGCCAUUUUUUAUUUUGUAAAAAAAGUUCUUGCUAUUUAUUUAUAAUUUUGUUAAAUUUUAUAUUUUCAGUCGUAAUCUACGAUGUAUGUCUCCAAAAAUCCGUCAUAGAGCUUACCUUAUCAUCCAAGGUGUGUAAUGUCAAAGUCAACCGUGAUCGUAUUGUUGUUGUACUCGAGUACCAAGUCCAAGUGUUUUCAUUUAGCGACAUUCCCGAGUUUUUAAUUUAUUUCGACACCAACUUCAACCCUCAGGGGAUUUGCGUGUUAAAUUCGGAGGAAUUGCUGGCCUUUCCGUCGAUUGUCAAUGGUCAUAUUGGGAUAUGUUGGUUGAAUCAGCAGAAGAUACGAACCAACACGGUGAAAGCACAUCAACAUGCGAUUAGGACGUUGGCUUCUAAUAAUAAUGGUAAGGGUCUUGUAUCUUUAAUUAAGGGAGAAGAGUAGUAGUUACUGUAUUAUAAAGAGUAUGGGUUACUGUAAUAAGAAGAGGUAUUAAAAAGAGGUAAGGUAGUAUAAGAUGCGGGUAAGCAGGGAUACUGAAAUGCUGGAGUAAAAAGACAACUGAGUGGGUUGAAGAUACGAAAAGGAUAAUAAGAGGGCUACGGCUAUGGCUGACUGUUAGGGGUAAGUUUAGGAUUGAUCGUCAAGGCUAGGAAUAAGGUUAGUCGCUAGGGUUAUGGUUAGCUGUUAGGGAUAGUGCGGUUUGCUAAGGCAGGACUGGCCGCUAAGGCUAGAGUUUAAACUGACUGUGGGGGUAGUUACAAUUGCUAGGGUUAGGACUUGCCACUAAGGCUGUGUUUUAGGCUGGUUGCAGGAGUCAGCUCGCCGCUAGAGCAAGGAUCGGAUGUUAAAGCUAGGUCUUGGACCGGCCGCUAAAGUUAAGACUGCGCGCUGGAACUAGGGUUGGUCGCUAAGGCUAGUGCUUGAACUGCUCGUUAGGUAGGGCUUUGAGCUAAGGCUCUAGACUAAGGCUGUAGGCUAGAGCUCUGGGCUAGGGUCUUGGGCUAGGACGCUGGACUAGGGCUUUGGGAUUGGGCUAAGACUAAGCUUUGCAUUUUUACUUUUUAUGGAAUAUACUUUCAGGAUCUCUAAUAGCCUCAUCCUCGCUAAAAGGCACGUUAAUCCGAGUGUUCAAUUCGAUGUCUGGCCAUUUAUUGUACGAAUUUCGGCGUGGCUCACAAAAUGCUUUAAUCUCUAGGUAAUAAACAAUACAAAUGUCUACGUUACUUUAGUAUAACAUUCUCCAAAGACUCAUCGUACAUAGCCGUAUGUAGUAACCACAACACUGUACAUUUGUUUAGCUUGUACGAUGCUUUACAGACAAGGUAUGUUGCUCUCAUAAAACCUAUUGUUAUAGUACUAGUACUAGAAACCGUUGGACUAGUAGUACUAGAAGAUGUAUGUUUUAGUAUUAGUACUAAAAGCUGUUGGUAGUAGUAAUGGUACUAGAAACCGUUGAUAGUUGUACUGUUACUAGAUACUGACUAUCAUACUACUAGUACUAAAAACUGGUUGUUAUACCAAUAGUACUACGAACUUACACUACUAGUACUAGAUGAAUAUUAAAGUAAUACUCCCCCUUUUCAGCACGUUCAAAAAAUUCUUCACGCUAAAAGGCCGACCCAGUCAGAUUCGAAUCCAUUUAGGCAAUGAAAACAAGGCCGCCGAUGAUUCUCUUUUAGAAACACAAGCAGGGUUUAUGGGUAAUACUCUCAUUGGUAAGUGGAUUCUAUUUUUUGUUGAAUAAGCUUGAAAUGUCUGAACUAUUUUAAUUUUCUGUGGCUUAGAAAGAGGUAGACAAAUUUUAUUAACUAUACUACACUAGCUUUAGCCCUUUAUCAGCUCUUUGUUUGCCAGUAGUUUUGUUAUAUAAAGGAAGAUUUUGUAAAUAAAUUGUUUGCUGUUUGAGCUAGAGUAAGGCCUGAAGCUGGACUUAAAAAGAUGCUAACAAGGGCUCAUUUUUUUACACAUUCUGCAACUAGGCUACGCUAAGAUUCUUAGCUAAGGCUCUGAUAAGACUUGUAAUAGGGUUAGAGCUAAGGCUCUUGGCCAAGACUCAGGGUUAUGACUCUGGCUCAUGAGGCCUUCAUUUAAGCACCGUCAUUUGGGCUUGCAAAGCCAGGCUUUGCACGGUUUGCUUGUAGGGCCUGUUUUAAGCCGGACUCGGCCUACACGGCUAUUUGUAUUGGUCCAAGUUUGAUUUGCCGCUUUUUACGUCUAUCUGGGACUAGGUAGACUACAAAAUGCAGGGAAUGGCUAGAGCUCAAGCGAAAUUAUACUGGAAAGAAUAUUUAUGUGUAUAUAAAAAAAAUUUAAAUUUAAUUUAAAAUUUUGUUAUUGACCUGCUUUCUUAAGUCAAUUUAUCACGUAGUAGAUAUUUACACUUUGUUACAUUGUUUUUAGCCCCCGUUUGUUCUAAAUAUUGGUUUAAGGAAUUUUUAAAGUUGGAAAAGAUAUACUAGGUUCAAAAAGAUCAAUUUUAGUUUUGUAAAGAAAGUUCUUGCCAUUAUAAGCUUUUUAAAGAAAGUUCUUGCCAUUUUUUGGUUCCUAAGGAAAAUUUUUGCCAUUUUAUAAUUUGUAAAGAAAGUUUUUGCCAUUUUUUGUCUUGCAAACAUUUUUAUUGCAAAUUUUUUAAAUGUCGUCACAAAACGAUCUUUUUUACAAAAAAAUGACAUUCUGGCAUUUUUGAGUGGGUCUAAACAGGUGAUAAAACACACAACAUGUUUUACAACCCAGCAUGCAAACAUAAACAUGGUUUGUAACAUGCGAUGACUUUUAAUUAUUCAUGUACGACUUCCUUUACAACAAUAUUUUAAACUUUUUUGUAGUUAAAAAUGACUUUUUUACCUAGCCAUCCUUAUGCUUGAGCCCGAGCCCAGAGCCCUAACCCAAUGACCUAGCCCAAAGCCCAAGCCUAGAACCCUAGCCCAAAGCCCUAGUCCAGAGCCCUAGCCCAGAGCCUUAGUCCAGAGCCCUAGCCUUAGCAGUUAGAGAGUAGGACAGUUCAUAGAGCACUGGCCCUAGUGUUGGCUUUAGCUUAAUUCUUGGUCCUAGCAUUGCCUUAGUAUAGUUCUUACUUCAGCGCUAGUUCUGGACCUAGUCUAGCAUAGAUUUAGCAACUGCCCGUCCUAACCGUUUUCUUGCCUAAAAAACUGUCUUGUCUGUUCUAAAACUCUUUUUUUGUAUUUUUGUUAUGUUUCAUGGCUAGACGGUUGAAGUAAAUUAGGUUUUUUUGGAAUUAGACAAGGAAGUUUCGUAGUUUUUGAAACGAAAAAUGGGUAAAAUUUGAGUGAAAACUGCAAAAAAUGACAAUAACCUUUAUUUUAAAAGUUCAAAAUGGCAAAAACUUUUCUUACAAACCAAAAAUUCAUAAAACUUUCAUCACAAAUCAAAAAUGGCAACUUAUAAAAAAUGAAAGUUGAGUAGAAGAUUUGUAAUGUAUUUUGCACCGAAAAUCUUCCACUCAACUUCCAUUUUUCUUUUUUUUUGAAAAAGGUAGAUAUGACAUAGAUAUGGUCUAAAAAUGACCUUAUUUCCUUUUUUGUUUCUUAAACUAGCCUUUUCUGCUUUUUUAGCCUAGUUUUGCACUUAUUAGGUUGUUCAUCCAGUUGUGCGCCCUCAAAUUAAAGAUUUUUUUUUGAUAUGGGGCACACAAUUAUUUGCUCAACCUGAUAAUAUUAGAUUAGCACAGAGCUUUAUCCCAGGGUCCUAGCCAAGGGCUCUAACACAGAGUCCUAACCAAGAAUGCUAUCCCAGGGCCCUAGCCCAGAGCCUUGGCCCCUAUCAUAACGCUCAGUACUAACUUUUUAAUUUAAAAACUUUUUUAAAAUAAAAAAUUUUCAAUUUUUAGUGAUAACACCGAACGGCUCAUUCAACGUGUUUGAGCGUUCCGCGCCGAACGUCUAUUCGUGCGAGUUCCGACGUGAUUUAUUGGAAAUGAUUACAUCUUCUUGA